GUAAAAGAAGUUCAAAUGAAAAAGAACAGUUUCCUAAGGAGAUUGGACAUGUUCUUGGCAGGUAAAAUGGAAGUUACAAGCAGCAAUAAUAGCAAAAAGAGAAUGAAUGGCCUAAUUCCGAGCCGACCGACAUGAAUGCUACCCACGCUUGCGAGGAAGAAAAAGAAAGCGGCUUCACUGUUAUGGCUACCGAAUCGGACACUCACCGAUGGGAAGUAAAGGGGGUAAUGGACUUUGUCGGGUUCCUGUAAGUGUUCUCUUUGUUACUUCCGGCGGUGGUUAAAAGAGCUUCCCGGCGUGGUUCAUCGCCCUCGCUUUGACUCUGGUUUUAUGCUUCACGUUCGCCCACGUUCCUGAUUUCUCGAGGAGUUACCAUCUCUUCUCCUUGGUCCAGUUAUUUCCCUCUUCUCUUGGUUGUAGCUCCGCCUAUGUAUCUUUGUUCUUCGUUUCCUGGGAGUUUUCCUCUUUGUGCGGGUUAAAGCGAUCGGAAAACUGCAGCAAAAUCCAAUCUUGAUUCCGGAACUUGGCUUUUAAGAAUCCGGGAUUUCAUUUCCUGGAGGAAAGGUUGCUCCUUUUUGGCGCUUGCAUUGGGUUCCAAGGUUCUCCGAUCUUUUUUUCCUGGUUUUGGGUCUUGUUGGGUGAUUUCUGUCGAAGAAAAUUAGUCUUGGCUUUGAUUAAACAUAUGGAUCUUUGAGGGCAUUUAUUUUUGAGAAUUCUCUUCUUCAAGUCAUGAAAUGGGUCUUUGUACUCGCUUCUGAUUGAAGGUUUGGGUUUUGAGGGCAUUUCUUCCGAAGAUUUCCUCUUCUGGAUCGUGAAAUGGGCUUUCAAUUGCUGAGAUCUGACACGAAGGUUUCAUCCUGCAAUUGCCACUAUCCUCUCGUCUGGUGCUCGAAGUCGUCGGUCUGCUAUUACCCGCCUUGCCUUCCAAAGUCACAGUGGGAAUAUGCCCAAAAUGUUACUACCAGAUCAGCUCCAGUUCCCAUUGCUUUGGAGGAGAAGCACUCUGAUGACAAGGUUGCGAUCGAGCAGAAUAGUUCAGAGGAUGGAAAGGUUGAGAUCUUUCUGAAGAGCAGCCUAAAGAAACCAAGGGAAACGGAUUCAGAACAGGUCCGAAAGGGCAAUGUCAAAUGGAUGGACUUGUUGGGGAAGGAACUUGCUGAGAUCAAAGAAUUCGAGACAGAUGAGUCUGAAGAGCCAGAGGAUUACACUGAUGGCGACACGGCAUGCAUUUGUGUCAUUCAAUGAAAACGAUUUACUUCUCUGAAGUCUUCAUGGAGAACACCAAGCUGAGUAAACAUCAUCCAGCUGCUACAAAAAUCCACUCGAUGAUCUGAUUCUGCAUGAAACUCACCAUCGAGAACUGACCAUGAGCCAUCAAGCACCCAGCUAUCCUGCUCCUUUCGGUUCCCAUUCGCAUCAAAAAGUCGAAGUUAAAUGCCAAGGAGAUGCAUCCAGCUCCAGAGUGGCCGUGAGUUGGAAGUGAAUGUGAAAGCUAACAGGAGGAUCUAUCAGUGCCCAGGUUAUCCAGCUUGAUGGCAGAUGCAUUGGAAGUUAUCCUAUGUUGGAUUUAAUUGGAACUGAUUUUUUUUUCUUUUUCUUUCCUUUCUUUUUUUUUGGGGGGCAUGAAAUCGUGGUUGUUGUGUUGGUUGUUCUCUCAUUAUGGAGCCUUCUGAACUCUAAAUGCACUCUGUUGAGACUUCCAGCUGAUGGCAGAAACUUGACAUUAGAAAGGCUUCUAAUCAUUGAAAUCUGA